AUGCUGCGAUUAGCAAAAAUCGGACGGAUUUCGGAAGCCUUGACAUUUUUUCUAUCGACAAAAAUCUUUAAAUUUUCAUUUAUUUUAGAUAAACUUUAUAGUGAAAAAUAUUUUAUUUCAAUGUCCCAUCGAAAGUUUUCUGCUCCUAGACAUGGUUCUAUGGGAUUCACUCCCAAGAAACGGUCAAAACGACAUGUUGGAAAGUGUAAGGCUUUUCCUAAGGAUGAUCCUUCCAAGCCUAUUCACUUAACUGCUUUUAUUGGCUACAAGGCUGGAAUGACGCAUAUUGUUCGUGAUGUUGAUAAGAUUGGAUCAAAAGUGCAUAAGAAGGAAGUUGUUGAAGCCGUAACAAUUAUUGAAACUCCACCUAUGGUCAUUGUUGGCGUUGUUGGUUAUAUUGAAACUCCACGUGGCCCUCGACCUCUAAAGGCUGUCUUUGCCGAGCAUCUGAGCGAGGACUGCAAACGCCGUUUUUACAAAAACUGGUACAAAUGUAAAAAGAAGGCAUUUACUAAAUAUGCAAAGAAAUGGCAGGAUGAAGAUGGUCAAAAGUCUAUCGAAGCGGAUCUGAACAAAAUUAAGAAGUAUUGCGCUUAUAUGAAGCUAAUGAAACACCGCAACAAAAAAGCCAACAUCAUGGAGAUUCAAAUAAAUGGUGGAACUAUUGCCGAAAAAGUUGAUUGGGCUCGUGAACAUUUUGAAAAGCAAAUUCCGGUGGAUCAAGUUUUCGAACAAGACGAAAUGAUUGGAUGUAUAGGUGUCACGAAGGGAAAAGGUUUCAAGGGUGUGACUAGUCGUUGGCAUACAAAAAAGCUCCCUCGUAAGACGCACAAAGGACUUCGAAAGGUUGCUUGUAUUGGUGCUUGGCAUCCUUCGAGAGUUCAGUUUACGGUUGCUCGCGCUGGACAAAAGGGAUAUCAUCAUCGAACAGAAAUUAACAAAAAGAUCUAUCGUAUUGGAAAAUCUUGUUUGACACCUGAAGGGAAAAAGAAUGGUUCUACGGAUUUUGAUACUACGGAAAAGACGAUUAAUCCAAUGGUUUGUAUUUAUAAAUAUAUACUAUUUUUAAACAAACAUUUUCAAUUAAGGGAGGAUUUCCCCAUUAUGGACUUGUUAAUCAAGACUUCGUUAUGA